AUGUAUUCUUUAAAUAAUUUAAAGAUUGAAGAAAUUAUCAAUGAAGCUACAGAUAAUUUUAAUGGAAGACCAAUGAAAUUCAAUGAUGGUCAAGUUGACAUAUGGUCAGAUUUUUACCGACAAGAUAUCUACAGCAUGUUGACAGAUAUCAAUAACAAAAGUAUCGAUUUUUGGA